GGAUACCGGGGAGCACCGGGAGAUCCGGACUAACGGGAUUAUGAGUGCGUGCUAGAAGGGCUCGGUGUGACACAGCGCAGGGAUUAGACUCGGUGGCUCAGUGAUGGGGAUAGACCGGCGGCGGAGAGCGUCUCUGGCUCUCUCCUUGAACUUCCUCGCGCUCUUCCUGGCCGUGUCCGCGCUCACCACGAGCUUCUGGUGCGAGGGCACGCGGAAGGUGGUGAAACCUCUGUGCACGGGGCCGGUCACCGGCAAGCAGCCCUUCUGUAUCCGGUUCAACAGCUCCAAUGUGAACGACAGCCGCCUGGUUCAGUACAUCUGGGAGACCGGGGAGGACAAGUACGUCCUCAGGAAGUUCCACACCGGGAUCUGGUUCUCCUGCGAGCAGAACAUCAACAUGAGCGGUGAGCACUGCAGAAGUUUCAUUUAUGUGGCUCCGGCAAAUGAAAGAGGCGUGCUGUGGCUGUGCAUCGUAGCAGAGUGCCUGUACAUCCUCCUGCUGGCCACCGGGGGCAUCCUCAUGUCCAUCGAGGUGUGUCACUUUGGGAACGUCAUCGACGGCCUCAAACUCAACGCCUUUGCCGCCAUAUUCACCGUCCUUUCAGGUCUCCUGGGCAUGGUGGCCCACAUGAUGUUCACCACAGCCUUCCAGCUGACGGUCAGCCUGGGUCCAGAGGACUGGAAGCCUCAGAGCUGGGACUACAGCUGGUCCUACAUUUUGGCGUGGAGCUCCUUCACGGCCUGCAUGGCGUCCUCGGUCACCACCAUCAACCGCUACACCAAAACCAUCCUGGAGUUCAAGCACAAGCGCAGGAACAUCGAGAAGAACCUGAAGAUCAAACAGAAGCUCCUGGAGCUGGACUCACCUGAGCAGGUGUGGGACAUGUACAUCAGCUCUGUGCCGAGCACCGCCGAGGAGCUGCUGGACCUGUCCACCAACGGACGCAAACUCUCCAACACCUCCAUCUUCUUAGACCUGAACGACCUGCCGGACCCGCAGGGGGAGGAGUACUGCUAG